CCCCCCUCCUCCCACUCCUUCCCCGUGUCAGCUGUUUCUCCCCACAGCUACCUCCUCCCUGUACAGAACUUGCUAUGGAAUGCCCUCACCCAGCAGACGGGCACAGUCCUCUUUAGGACCCUCUCCUGGGUACCCACUCCAUAAGGAAUCAGCACAGCUGAUCACAGAAUCAGUAGUCUCUGGAUCCUCCUACCCCUCCACCCUUUCCUGAGAAGAUGUCUGUGAGCCUGGCUGGGGAGGAUAUCCAGAUGGAGGGUGAGAGUGGAAGUAGUGGAGUGCUCAAUGAGAUCAAUGAUGACUCCAGCAACAGAGGGAAGCUCUCCCCAUCCCCUGAGCCCUGCCAGGGGAAAGAGGGCAAUGGGGGCACUGGGGAGGGCAUGGAGGCAGAGGAGAGUGCCACACAUGACUCACAGAGAAGGGCUCAGAACCACGGCCAUGGGAGGAAAAGGGCCAGGUCCAAUGCCAAGCUGAAGCUGGUGAGGAGCCUGGCGGUGUGUGAGGAGUCAUCAGGUCCGUUCUGUACCGACGGACCUCCAGACCAGGACAUCAUCCAGCUACACAUCAGCUGCCCAUCAGACAAGGAGGAGGAGAAGUCCUGUAAGGAUGAGAAUGAGGAAAUGAACAUGGACAAGACUCCACGCAAGAUGCUUUCACGAGACUCCAGCCAGGAGUACACAGACUCCACCGGUAUCGACGUGCACGAGUUCCUGGUCAACACACUGAAAAACAACCCCAGAGAUCGAAUGAUGCUGCUGAAACUAGAACAAGAUAUCCUGGAGUUUAUUAAUGACGACAAUAACCAGUACAAGAAGUUCCCCCAGAUGACAUCGUACCACCGCAUGCUGCUGCACCGUGUAGCUGCCUACUUUGGCAUGGACCACAACGUAGACCAGACUGGCAAGGCAGUCAUCAUCAACAAGACUGGCAACACACGCAUCCCAGAUCAGAGGUUCUCAGAGCACAUCAAGGAUGAAAGGAACUUGGACUUCCAGAAGAAGUUUAUCCUCAAGAGAGACGAUGUUAGUAUGGACAAGGACGAUAAUCAGAUCCGUGUGCCGCUGCAGGACGGGCGGCGCAGCAAAUCAAUAGAGGAGAGGGAGGAGGAGUAUCAGAGGGUACGAGACCGGAUCUUCGCCCGAGAAUCCUCUCAAAAUGGAUACAUCAACGACAACAGACUUUCCACUGAAGGCUACUCCUCUAGCUCUCAAAAGAGGAGGCAGAUUUUUAGGGGUAACCGUGAGAGCUCCAGCCGUGCUUCCAGCAGCCGCCAGAGCAGUACGGACAGUGAUAUGAAGUGCCCGGAGCCGAGGCCCUGGAGUAGCACAGACUCGGACAGCUCCAAUAGGACCCUCCGGCCCCCGGUCACAAAGGCAUCCAGCUUCUCUGGCAUCUCCAUUCUGACCAGAGGAGAUAGUCUGGGGAGUAACAAGAGCUCACAGGGCUCCUGCAGGGGCUCACGCACUGGUCUGCCCCUGGUGAGUCCAGACGGGUGUCCUCAGCCCCCAGCUCCCCAGCCUGGCCCCUGCCCUGGGGGUCGCAGUCUGUUACCCUGCCCCUCCCAACAGCCCCAGGUCCAGACCCAGCCUCCCCAGACCGCCCUGCUGCCCACUCCACAGCAACACCCCAUGGGCAACCACAACCAUAAUCACAACCACAUGAUGGCUCAGCCGGUGGGGUCUCUGCAGCCAUCUCAGCCUGUGUCCUACUCCUCCUCCUGUCCCCAGGUUCUGCUGCCUGUCUCUCCUCCCCAGCAGUACAUGGGUGAGGAGCUGGCUCCCCAGUUCAGCCAGAUGACUCUGAGUAGACAGGGUUCCAGCGAGGCCCCGGAGCCCCCCACCAUGUACCAGACCCAGGGGCCCACUGUCCUCACCCAGCACCCCCCACCCCAGACUGGCUACAUCAUGGCCACCACAGGCCAGCCCCUGGCCCCUCUGUCUGGCUACCAGCCUAACUCUGGACACCCCCACCCCCCUCCUCUUCCACCCCCUCCCUCCCAGACCGUCAUGCAGCCCCCUCCACCGCCACAGGGAUACAUGCAGCCGCCUCCCCCGCAACAGAUCCAUGUGUCGUAUUACCCCCCUGGGCAGUACCCCAGCACGGGGCAGCAGUACCAGCCUGGACCCAUGUCUCACCAGGUGUCCUACCCUGCCCAGCACCCAGCUCAUACCCAGCACUCCCAGCCCAUGCCCCAGCCCACACAGCAGUCUGCAGCUCUCCAGACCAUGAUGCCCAGCCAGCAGCCCCAGUACCAGGGGAUGAUAGGAGUACCCCAGCAGCCCCAGAACCAGGCCCUCCUCACCUCCCAGAGGCAGAGCAUACAAGGACAGGUCACAGGGAUGAUGGUCCAGUACCCACAGAUGCCCUCAUAUCAGGUGCCGGUGGCCAAUGAGUCUCAGCAGGUGGUACAGCAGCAGUACCAGCAGCAAGUCAUGGUGCCAGUCAGCCAGUCUCUCCAGACUGUCCAGGGGGUACAGGGACCCAUGCCAGGCCAAGGCAUGCCCAUAUACUACAGCGUCAUCACCCCCACACAACAGAACAGCACAAGUCCAUCAGUGGGGUACCUGCAGCCCAGCUCCGAGCAGUACCAGAUGAGCCAGUCUCCGUCCCCCUGCAACCCUCAGCAGAUGCCGCAGCAAUAUUCAGGAGUGCCGCCCCCAGGCCCCGGAGUGAUGGUCAUGCAGCUUAGCGUCCCCAACGGACCGCAGCCUACCCAGAACCCUCCUCUGGUACAGUGGAACCCCUGCAAAUACUACAGCCUAGAGCAGAGGCCCAGCAAGCCUGGAGAACUCUACAAACCAGACAACACACAACAGGCCAGUACCCAGAUGAGCAGUCCCCUGGCCUCCCCCACCCAGUCCCCCACUCUCUCCCCCUCAGGCAGCGUGAGCAGCGUCUGUCCUGGCCUCGGCCCCCUGCCCCUACUGUCACAGUUCCCUCGGCCCGGACCAGGGCCUGCGCAAGGUGACGGGCGCUACUCUCUUUUGGGUCAGCCUCUCCAGUACAGCCUCUGUCCCCCUCUCAUGCACAGCCAGACAAACUACAGCUCACAUCAGAGCCAAGUAGGAAUGAAGCAUGGUGCGAGAGGGAAGAGGCAGACACUGAAGUCUCAAUCUACAGAUCUGGGCGCCACUGACGUAGUGGUGAGUCGGGUGCUGGAGGUGACCGAUCUCCCAGAGGGCAUUAGUCGUCCAGAGGCUGAGAAGCUCUUCAACCAGCUUUCCAUGUGUGGUGCCAAAAUCCAGUGGCUCAAGGACCCAGUGGCGGGGGGCCGUGGAGGCUAUGGUGGCCCAGGAGUGCAUCACGGUCCUGGGUAUGGUCCUGGGGCUGGAGGGGGGAAAGGUGACUGCCCCGGCAGUGACCCAGCUCACCUCUACACAGUGGUGGCUGUGUUCCCCUCCACCAUGGCUGCACAGAGUGCUUCCUUUAAACUCAACAACAGUGGGGUCAGCCUCUUCAAACUGAGGGCUGCCAAAAAGAACUAUGACCUGAGAGUCCUGGAGAGGGCCAGCUCCCAGUGAAGAGAAAGAGAGGGGGGACGAAGAAAGAAAGACUUUUGGAAAGGAGGAGUGGAAAGGAGUUGGACUGAGGGGAAAAGAUGGAUAAGACGUCAUACAUUAAAGGGAAGGGGUGAACACCGAACACAAAUGGAGAGGAUGGUGUUUGCAAAAUAUACAAUUAUUGUUUUUGAUUGUUUUAUUUUAUAUUAUUGAUACCUUAAGAGCACAUAAGAUACGUGAGCAUGUGGAUCACUGUUGCCAUGUAUGAGUGCCAUCACACACACACACACACACACACAAACACACACAUUCUUAUGUACAGACGGGCAACAGGAUCACGUAGCACACACCUGAACACACUGGACAGUUCAACCUCAGUCCAUCCUUCCCCUCCCUCCCCCUGCUCUCCUCCAGCCUUCCUCCUUUUUCUUUCUAUUACCCUCUCUUACACUCCCGCCGCGUGUCUCAUGCUCUCUUCUUCUCUGCAUAACCCCACUCAAUCCUCUCUCCUCUUGCUUUCUGUUUGCCUUAUACUGCUGUUGUGGGUUUCUGUAUUGCGCUGUUUUUCUCAGAAGAGUAUUGUUCUUUUUCGGUUCGAUAUAUUUAUAUAUUGAUGUAAGGAAUAAAUCUAUAUAUUCAGUGAUUUUUUUCAGUGGAUAAGUUUAGGAACCCCUUUAUGAUACCCUCUCUUUCCCCUACCUCACGCCUCCAACUUACCCCUUCCUACCCUACCCCUCUUACCCCGUUCUAUCCUACUCCACUACCAUAUCCUCUAUCCUUACUCUCCCAACUUACCCCAUUGUCCAAAUGUACCCUGUGCUUCCCCAACCCACUACCCUGUUACUUCUUACCCAUUCUCCCCCACCCCACUAUCCCAAAUUACCCCUUUCUCCCCUACCUUACGACCUAAAUUUACCCCAUGUUCGCCCACCCCAAUACCCAAACUACCUCGUUCUCCGCCACCCCUCUGAACCCGAUAUACCCCACUACCCCCCAACUUACCUCUAACCCACUCUGUCAUCCUCAUUGUGCUUGCGUUUUUCGUUGACAGCUGUGCAGAACGUAUCAGAAUAAAUAGUUAAAAGUGCACAAUGAUUGCAUAAUGUCUGCUGUAAAUUUUAUUUAAUCUGUUAUUUUUUGUUUGUUUUUAAAAAUAUA